AUGCAAGACCGCCGCUGCGUUUGUGUCUUUCUCCCCAACGACGACACGCUUAACGUCAUUGUCAAUGUGAAAACUCUGUGCCAAGAGCUGUUAGUUCAGGUGUGUGACCUCAUGCGGCUCAAGGACUGUCACCUGUUUGGGCUGAGCGUCAUCCAGAAUAAUGAACACGUGUAUAUGGAGCUGGACCAGAAGCUCUCCAAAUACUGCCCCAAAGAGUGGAAGAGGGAGGCCAGCAAGGGCGUUGACCAGUUUGGACCUCCAAUGAUCAUUCACUUCAGAGCUCAGUAUUAUGUUGAGAAUGGACGACUUAUCAGUGACCGUGUGGCGCGAUACUAUUACUACUGGCACCUGAGGAAGCAGGUGCUGUCGUCACAGUGCGUCCAGAAAGAGGAGGCGUACUUCCUGCUAGCCGCCUUCGCUCUUCAGGCCGAUCUGGGAAACUUCAAACGCAACAAGCACUUUGGGAAAUACUUUGAGCCCGAGGGCUACUUCCCCCCAUGGGUGAUAGAGAAGCGUGGGCGGGACUACAUCCUCCGCCACAUUCCCCUGAUGCACAAAGACCAGUUUGCUCUGACCGCCUCCGAGGCUCAUCUCAAGUACAUCAAAGAGAGCGCUCAGCUGGAGGACGUGACAGUGCACUACUAUCGGCUCUACAAGGACAAAAAAGAAGUGGAAGCCUCUCUGACAUUAGGUCUGACCUUACGAGGGAUCCAGAUAUUUCAGAACGUUGGCUCCGUGAGAAAGCUCCUGUACGACUUCCCUUGGACCAAUGUGGGGAAACUAGUUUUUGUGGGUAAGAAGUUUGAGAUCUUGCCGGACGGUUUGCCAUCGGCGCGAAAGCUGAUGUAUUACACUGGCUGUCCCGCUCGGUCACGCCACCUCCUGCAGCUCCUCAGCAACAGCCACAGACUGUACAUGAACCUGCAGCCGGUCAUGAAGCAAGUACGGAGGCUGGAGGAGAACGAAGAGAAAAAGCAGUACAGAGAGUCAUACAUCAGUGAUGCUCUGGAUCUGGACAUGGAUCACCUGGACAAACGCUCUAGGGCCAGUGGCAGCAGUGCGGGCAGUGUUACACGCUCCAAACGUCUGUCACGUCACUCCACCACGUCCCAUGGCAGCUCCCACGGCAGCUCCCACACCUCGGGCAUUGAGGCCGAUAGCUUCAGGGCCCCAGGACAUGGAGCUCACAGGCCCCAGAGAACCAGCUCUUCCACCACCUCCCAUGGCAGCUCCCACACGUCCAACACCUCCGGCAUCGAGAGCAGCGGCAGGGAACGUGCGCUGGAGGACGACGAAAUCGAGAUGUUGGUGGAUGACCCAAAAGACUACGAGGAGCUGCAUGAGAUGGUUCUGGAUCAGGACCUGUGCAUCCACAUCACCGAAGACAUGCUCACAAUGUCCCCGGAGCACUACAACGGAUACUCAGGUCUGAUUGUGAAAGACAUCAGCUCGUCUACAACCAGCUCCUCUGAGACCGUGGUGAAGAUGAGAGGUCAGAGCAUCGAGUCGCUGCCGCAGCAGUCGGUGUGCAAGAAGCCCCCGUCCUCUACUGACCGCCACAGCCAGUCUCUGGACGAUAUCCGGCUGCACCAGAAGGACGGCGCGCAGUGGACUGAGCUGUGCCAGGACACCGCACACAGCUACACUUUUGGCUGCGAGCGCGAGCUGAGCGACGGCCUGGACCAGUGCGCCAACAUCCACAACCAGGCCUUCAGCUUUAAGAGAACCAACAAGUAUUUCUCAUUAGACCUGACCAGCGAAGACGUCCCCGAGUUUGUGGUGUGA